CUGAAGAAGAGCUCAGCUCAUCACUACACUUUAACACUAGCAUAGUAGUAGUACCAUUUCCAUUAAGGCUCUUUCAUCCUGAGAUAGUGCGCAAUUGCAGAACACACAAACUCUCCAACAAGACCCCAAAAAUGGACAUCUUCUCCUACGUCAUCCUCCUAUCAUGCGCGUCCUCCCCCUUAUCUUACGCCUCUCCGGCCAGUUUCAGUCGCCGUCACCUUCUUCAAACUCCUCCAACUGAUCCUUCCACAUUUUCCCCGCCCUUCUUCCCACUUUACAGCUCCUCCUCCCCUCCUCCUCCGCCACCGCAGCCUCUUCCGCCUCCCGCCCCCACUUUCGCCACAUUUCCGGCGAACAUCUCCGCCCUCGUCCUCCCUCGCUCUCCUCAAUCUCACACUCCUUCCCGUACACUCCUUAUCCCAGUUAUCUCCGCCGUGCUCGCCGUCGCAGCAUUACUCGGCCUGUCUUUGUUUCUCUACGGACGCUGGCGAGGGCAAACCCGUCAUUUUAAAGAAGACUCCAAGACCUUAGCUCCUUCUUCAGACAUUAGCCCAUCCGGACAGCAAACUCCUCAAUGUCCCCCUCCAAGAAACAACACCACUGAAAACAAACUCUCAGUGGCUCCUUCCACCUCCGAUGUUCUCUACCUCGGCAACGUCGCCGCUUCCUCCGGUUCUGUUUUCGUUAAACCGGCGUCACCGGAGAUCUCUCCUCUCCCGCCAUUACCUGCUCGUAGCUUCCUCCUACAACACAACUCUGAAGCUAAUCUUGAUGGAGAAGAAGAAGACGACGACUUUUACUCGCCUCUCGCGUCCAUAGCUGGUCAAGAACCACGAGACCGGAGAAUCAAUCCGUACAGCAACUGCUCUUGCUCUAUCUCUUCACACUCGGAUUCUCCGGCAAUGUCGCCGUCCGCUACGAUUUCUCCGCCGAUGAACUCUACAGCUCCACAUUGGUCAACUAACCAAAACCCUCAGUCUCUGUCGUCACCGGAGAGAACAACAAGGAACAAUAAGAGAUAUGGUGGUUCGUCUCUGAGAAUGUUUAGCCUCUGGAAUCAAAGUCUAGGGUUUCCAAGAAUUUCUUCUGCUUCUACUUCACCAGAGAGAGGUAUGACUAGAACUCCUGACGCAUAUGCUCGUUCUUCUAUGUACUCUUCAGUGGCCACCACGCCGGAUCGAUUUUUCCGGAAGGUUCUUGAUAGUUCGCCGCCGAGAUGGAACGAUUUCAGUCGAAAUGUUAAGUCUUUGUUCCUUUCUUCAACUUCUGCUUCACCAGCUAGAGAUUUCUGUAUCAACAUCUCUGAAUCUUCAAGAAGUUUGAAAUCUUCUUGGGAAAAUCCAGAGCUUGCUACAACUGAACAGAGCGAAUCUGCCGCUGCUGCUACUCUUCCGCCUCCACAACGGCCACCGCCCGCAAUGCCGGAGCCUCCUCCUCUUGUGCCGCCGUCACAGUCUUUCAUGGUUCAGAAAUCUGGGAAAAAGCUAUCUUUCUCCGAGAUACCACAGAGUUGCUGGGAAGGAACGACAGAGCGGCCAAAGCCAAAGCUGAAACCUCUGCCUUGGGACAAAGUCCGACCAAGUUCUCGCCGGACAACUACAUGGGAUCGUCUUCCCUACAACCCUUCAAAUGCUAACUCAAAGCAGAGAAGUCUUAGCUGUGAUCUUCCGAUGCUAAAUCAAGAGAGCAAAGUUUUAGAUCCAAGAAAGAGUCAAAAUGUUGCUAUUCUUCUUACAACACUUAAGCUCACCACAAAUGAUGUUUGUCAGGCCCUUCGAGAUGGUCACUAUGAUGCACUUGGAGUUGAGCUUCUUGAUAGUUUAGCAAGAGUGGUACCGAGCCAAGAAGAAGAGAAGAAGUUGAUUAGCUAUAGUAAUGAUUCAGUGAUCAAGCUUGCCCCAUCAGAGAGGUUCCUCAAGGAAUUGUUAAAUGUGCCUUUCGUGUUCAAACGAGUUGAUGCAUUGCUCUCUGUUGCUAGUUUUGACUCUAAAGUCAAACACUUGAAAAGAUCACUACGAGUUAUACAGGCUGCUUGUGAGGCACUUCGAAAUAGCAGAAUGUUAGUGAGACUUGUUGGAGCUGUCUUAGAGACAGGAAUGAAGAGCGGGAAUGCUCACGCCUUCAAACUUGAGGAGCUGCUCAAGCUUGUCGAUAUCAAAUCGUUAGAUGGAAGAACCAGUAUCUUGCAUUCUGUUGUACAGAACAUCUUAGAAUCAGAAGGUAUCAAAGGGCUACAAGUUGUGAGAAAUCUGAGUUCAGUACUUGACGAUGUCAAGAAAUCUGCAGAGUGGGACUAUGGCGUUCUAAGAAGUGAUGUGGCGACGCUUUACCAAGGAGUUCAGAAAAUUGGUGAGGUUUUGCUAUUGUGUGAGGAGACAGGACACAGUGAGGAACACCAUUGGUGGAAAUUCAGGGAGUCGAUGACCCAAUUCUUGGAGACCGUUGCUGAGGAAAUUAAAAAGAUAGAAAGAGAAGAAGCUUCCACGCUCAUUGCAGUGAAAAAGAUCACAGAGUAUUUUCAUGUAGAUUCAGCAAAGGAAGAAGCUCAGCUAUUGAAAGUAUUUGUAAUCGUGAGAGACUUUCUGAACGUUCUAGAUGGAGUCUGCAAGAAAAUGGAGGAGACUAGAGAAGAGGCUACUCUGGCUUAGAUUAAUUGUGUAAUAAAGAUACUAGAAUCUGUCCAAGACUUAUGCAUGUGAUACCUCUAAGUUAUGUAAUUAUGUUUGUAUGAAUUGUUGGAAGCUACGUUGUAUGUAGAUGAAGACUACUUUCACAAACAUAUAAGUGGCUUGGAGACCA